AAUUAGUGAGGCUAUCAAUGGGGCAGUUUAUAACCAAGCGUAAAGAGUCAGCCCCAGGCAUUGACCGUCAGGUCCAUUUCUCAACCAAUGAAGAAGGGCCUCCCAGAUACUCGUCACACCAUUUUGAUGGCAGCAGAGAGCAAGAUGGUAUCCGCCAAGUUCAUCCAAACUUUAUCUCAGGCGAAGGUUUCAGUCCAUCAGAAUGGAGUGACCCCAAGAUGGACCUGCGGAGAUCUUCCUACUAUAGCACCAUAGACCUGGUGCCAAAGCUGGAGCAUUAUGCUGAUUCGAUCCCCCGCCCACAGGCAAAGAGCAGGCCUUCACUGGAGGCUCUCCGCAAAGCAUUUGAGGAAAUGGAAAGCGGAAACACCACCAGAGAACAAGACGUUACUGACAACCCAGCCACUGAAAGUGAAAACGAACAGCCUAAAGAUCCUAAUGCGAAACCUCCAGUUAGAUUUGGCUGGAUAAUUGGAGUCAAGAUGCGUUGCAUGCUGAAUAUUUGGGGAGUCAUCCUGUAUCUCCGCCUAACAUGGAUCACCUCUGAAGCAGGCAUUGUUUUGACCUUGGUUAUUAUAUUUUUGGCGGUGUCGGUGACCACAACAACUGCUCUCUCCAUCUGUGCCAUUGCCACCAAUGGAAGGGUGAAAUCAGGUGGGGCAUAUUUCAUGAUAUCCCGAAGUCUGGGUCCUGAACUUGGAGCAUCAAUUGGUUUGAUCUUUUCCUUUGCCAAUGCUCUGAAUGUUGGACUCCAUACUGUUGGCUUUUCAGAGGUAGUCAGUACUCUAAUGCAGAGCAUGGGAACCUCCCUGGACAGUCCAGCUAAUAAUAUCCGUGUUGUGGGUGUGUGCACAGUGACCGUUCUUCUGUGCAUUGCACUGGCUGGAAUGGACUGGGAGUCCAAGACCCAGAUUGUUUUCUUCAUAGUUCUCUUGGCUUCCUUAGUCAAUUACAUUGUGGGAACACUUAUACCUCCCAGCAAAGAAAAACAAGCACUGGGCAUCUUUGGAUAUCGCAGUGACAUCUUUGUAGAAAACCUGACACCAGACUGGAGAGGACCUGAUGGCAACUUUGCCAGACUGUUUGCCAUUUUCUUCCCAGCUUGUACUGGCAUCAUGUCUGGAGUCAGCAUCUGUGGAGACCUCAAAGACCCCAAUAGCGCCAUCCCCAAAGGUACCCUUUGGGCCAUUUUUUGGACUACUCUCAGCUAUGUAGUGCUUACUCUCACUUCUGGGGCAUGUGUAGUGCGGGAUGCUUCUGGAAACAUCAAUGACACCAUAAUUGGAAACUCCACUGAUGGCUGUAUAGGGCUGGCAUGUAAUCUGGGCUGGAACUUCACAAAGUGCAUCGAAUCACAUACUUGCAAACAAGGGCUGGCCAACUCUUUACAGGUAAUGGGUCAACUUUCUGGUUCCUACCACGUGAUGCUUGCCGGUGUCUUUGCAGCCACCUUGUCUUCUGCUCUUGGAUUUAUUGUUUCUGCCCCUAAAAUUUUUCAGCGUCUGUGCACCGACAAAAUAUACCCGUACAUUGGAUUCUUUGGAAAGGGUUAUGGGAAAAAUAAUGAACCAUACCGGGCCUACAUACUCUGCUAUGUUAUUGCUGUGUGCAUCAUUCUAAUUGCUCAGCUGAACGCCAUUGCACCUCUGAUCUCCAACUUCUUCCUGUGUUCCUACGGUCUUAUAAACUUCAGCUGCUUUCAUGCUACAGUCACCAAUGCCCCUGGUUGGAGGCCAUCAUUUCACUACUAUAGCAAAUGGACAGCUCUAUAUGGAACAGUGUCAGCUGGAUUUCUGAUGUUCUUUUUUACCUGGUGGGCUGCUCUAGUCACCUUUGUCAUCAUCUUCUUCCUGUUUGGAUACAUUAUAUACAAGAAACCAAAGAGCAACUGGGGCUCUUCAGUCCAGGCAAGUUCAUACAACAUGGCUUUGUCAGCCUCUCUCUCCCUUACUGGUGUGGAGGAUCAUGUCAAGAAUUUUAGACCACAAUGUCUUGUCCUGACUGGACCUCCAAACCAGCGACCUGCACUGGUGGACUUUGUUGCAGCCUUCACUAAAAAUGCAAGCCUCAUGAUCUGUGGAGACAUUAUAAUGGAGCCAGACAGGCAGACCCAGCUUCAGGAUAUUAGAGAUCAAAUGGUAAAAUGGCUAAACAAGAGGAAGGUGCGCUCGUUUUAUACCCAGUUUACUGCUGACAUCCUCAGAGAUGGAACUCAUUUCUUGCUACAGGCAUCUGGUCUUGGCAAGCUGAAGCCCAACACUUUGGUCCUUGGCUUCAAGACAAACUGGAGGGAGAGUUCUCCUGAAAGUAUUGAAGAUUAUAUCCACACUAUAUAUGACACAUUUGACUCCAACUUCAGUGUGUGUAUCUUGAGGAUGAUGGAUGGACUGGAUAUGUCUGACCAGUUUGAAGUUGCAGUAAACCAGGGCUUUGAACCUGAUGAAUCUGUUGAAAGUGAUGACCAUCAGUCUCCUGAGAAAGAAUCAGCUGCUGACGUCAGUGAUAAUAGUGAGAUCAAAACAGUGUUUCAGAAUUCCCAGGGAAAGAAGAACAUUGAUAUCUACUGGAUAGCUGAUGAUGGAGGACUGACUUUACUGGUGCCUUACCUGCUCGCCAGGAGAAAACGCUGGCGCAGCUGUAAGAUCAGGGUUUUUAUCAUCGGAGAUGAACAAAACAUGGAGGAACGCCGUGAAGACAUGAGCACUCUGCUGAAGAGGUUCCGUCUCGCAUUUGAUGUUAUUGUCAUGACCAACACUGAGACAUCUCCUCAACCCAAGAACAUGAGUAGAUUUGUGGACAGCAUCGCCCCUUUCAGACUAUAUCAUGAAGAGCUGGAAGGGAUCUCAGUUCAGGAGCUAAGACAAAGAGAACCAUGGAAAAUAUCCGACAAAGAGUUUGAGGCCUUCAAAGUUAAGUCUGAGAGAAAAGUAAGGCUGAAUGAAAUCAUCCGGAAGAAUUCACAUCAAACUGCGCUUGUGCUUGUGAGCCUUCCUGUACCACGCGGCGACUGCCCCAGCGCUCUGUACAUGGCCUGGCUGGAUACUCUGACCUCUGGCCUCUACUGCCCUGUAGUGCUGAUAAGAGGGAACCAGCAGAACGCCAUCACUUUCUACUGCCAGUAAAUCUUGCAUUAGUCUAAUAUAGGAGCCC